AUGAGAGCCAAUCAGAUUUCCUGGAGGCCAAAGGCCAAAGAGUCCAUUCACAGAAGGAUGCUGACUGGCCAGUCCAGACGGAUAGCCCAGGGCAUCCUCUCCGGUGGUGACAAUGUGGGGCGUGCUGUUGGCUGUGUGCGGGAGAGGUCUGAAAAAGGAUCUGACCUGGCCCGCGGGCGGCCAGUUGGCGACAGCCCUGCGUCCAGGGAGGUGGUGGAGACCUUCCCAGUUUGGGUUAAACUCAGCCUCACGCAUAACGUGUGCAGGCACCGGAAGGAGCUGAGCCUGCCACGCCGGGGACGUGGCUGCCGCAGCGGGAACCGCAAGAGCUUGGUGGUAGGAACGCCCUCCCCGACCCUCUCCCGCCCCCUGUCGCCACUGUCAGUCCCAACGGCAGGCAGCAGCCCCUUGGAUAGUCCUCGGAAUUUCUCGGCUGUCUCUGCCCUCAAUUUCCCCUUUGCCCGGAGGGCAGACGGCAGAAGAUGGUCCCUCGCGUCUCUCCCAUCUUCCGGCUAUGGAACCAACACACCCAGCUCCACCCUCUCGUCAAGCUCAUCCUCCCGGGAACGUCUCCACCAGCUUCCCUUCCAGCCGACGCCAGACGAGCUGCACUUCCUGUCCAAGCACUUCCGCAGCUCAGAGAAUGUGCUUGAUGAGGAAGGCGGCCGGUCACCCCGCCUCCGCCCCCGCUCUCGCAGUCUCAGCCCGGGCCGCGCAACGGGGACCUUCGACAAUGAGAUUGUCAUGAUGAACCAUGUGUACCGGGAGAGGUUCCCCAAGGCCACAGCACAGAUGGAGGGCCGUCUGCAGGAGUUCCUGACGGCCUACGCGCCUGGCGCCCGGCUGGCGCUGGCUGAUGGCGUCUUGGGCUUCAUCCACCACCAGAUCGUCGAGCUGGCCCGAGACUGCCUGGCCAAGUCUGGCGAGAACCUCGUCACCUCCCGCUACUUCCUAGAGAUGCAGGAGAAGCUGGAGCGGCUUCUGCAGGAUGCCCAUGAGCGCUCGGACAGUGAGGAGGUCAGCUUCAUCGUCCAGCUUGUCCGGAAACUGCUAAUCAUCAUCUCGCGGCCAGCUCGGCUGCUGGAGUGUCUGGAGUUUGACCCUGAGGAGUUUUACCACCUGCUGGAGGCGGCUGAGGGCCAUGCGCGGGAGGGCCAAGGCAUUAAGACUGACCUUCCACAGUACAUCAUUGGGCAGCUGGGCCUGGCCAAGGACCCCCUGGAGGAGAUGGUGCCACUGAGUCACCUUGAAGAAGAACAGCCCCCAGCACCUGAGUCCCCGGAGAGCCGCGCCCUGGUCGGCCAGUCACGGAGGAAGCCAUGCGAAAGCGACUUUGAGACCAUCAAACUCAUUAGCAACGGAGCCUAUGGGGCUGUCUACCUGGUGCGGCACCGUGACACGCGGCAGCGCUUUGCCAUCAAGAAGAUCAACAAACAGAACUUGAUCCUGCGUAACCAGAUCCAGCAGGUCUUUGUGGAACGUGACAUUCUCACCUUUGCUGAGAACCCCUUUGUGGUCAGCAUGUUCUGCUCCUUUGAGACCCGGCGCCACCUGUGUAUGGUCAUGGAAUACGUGGAAGGCGGCGACUGCGCCACGCUCUUGAAGAACAUGGGCCCGCUGCCCGUGGACAUGGCCCGCCUGUACUUCGCCGAGACGGUGUUGGCGCUCGAGUACCUGCACAACUACGGCAUCGUGCACCGUGACCUCAAACCAGACAACCUGCUCAUCACCUCGCUUGGCCACAUCAAGCUCACGGACUUUGGCCUGUCCAAGAUCGGCCUCAUGAGCAUGGCCACCAACCUCUACGAGGGCCACAUCGAGAAGGACGCCCGAGAGUUCAUAGACAAGCAGGUGUGUGGAACACCGGAGUACAUAGCCCCCGAGGUGAUCUUCCGCCAGGGCUAUGGGAAGCCAGUGGACUGGUGGGCCAUGGGCGUCGUCCUCUAUGAGUUUCUGGUGGGCUGCGUGCCUUUCUUUGGAGACACCCCCGAGGAACUCUUCGGUCAGGUGGUCAGCGAUGAGAUCAUGUGGCCAGAGGGAGACGAGGCCCUUCCAGCGGACGCCCAGGACCUCAUCACCAGGUUGCUCCGGCAGAGCCCACUGGACCGUCUGGGCACUGGUGGCACCCAUGAAGUGAAGCAGCACCCCUUUUUCCUGGCCCUGGACUGGGCAGGGCUUCUCCGACACAAAGCCGAGUUCGUGCCCCAGCUUGAAGCCGAGGAUGAUACCAGCUACUUUGACACACGUUCGGAACGUUACCGCCACCUGGGCUCCGAGGACGACGAAACCAAUGAUGAAGAAUCAUCCACAGAGAUCCCCCAGUUCUCCUCCUGCUCCCACCGGUUCAGCAAGGUCUACAGCAGCUCUGAGUUCCUGGCCGUCCAGCCCACUCCUACCUUUGCUGAAAGGAGCUUCAGUGAAGACCGGGAGGAGGGGUGGGAGCGCAGCGAGGUGGACUAUGGCCGCCGGCUGAGUGCUGACAUCCGGCUGAGGUCCUGGACAUCCUCUGGAUCCUCCUGUCAGUCAUCUUCGUCCCAGCCCGAGCGAGGUCCCAGCCCAUCUCUCCUGAAUACCAUCAGCCUGGACACAAUGCCCAAGUUUGCCUUCUCAUCAGAGGAUGAGGCGGCAGGCCCGGCCUCUGCAGGCCCCAAGAGGCCUGUCUUCAUUCUAGGGGAGCCUGACCCACCCCCAGCAGCCACCCCAGUGAUGCCCAAGCCCUCGAGCCUUUCCGCCGACACAGCUGCCCUCAGCCACGCCCGCCUACGGAGCAACAGCAUCGGCGCCCGACACUCCACACCGAGGCCUCUGGAUGCCGGCCGGGGCCGCCGCCUUGGGGGCCCAAGAGACCCAGGCCCUGAGAAGUCCAGAGCCUCCUCCAGCGGUGGCAGUGGUGGCGGCGGUGGGGGCCGUGUGCCCAAGUCGGCCUCUGUCUCUGCCCUGUCCCUCAUCAUCACGGCAGAUGAUGGCAGCGGCGGCCCCCUCAUGAGCCCCCUGUCCCCGCGCUCUCUGUCCUCGAACCCGUCGUCCCGUGACUCCUCGCCGAGCCGAGACCCGUCCCCCGUGUGUGGCAACCUGCGGCCCCCCAUCGUCAUCCACAGCUCCGGCAAGAAGUACGGCUUCAGCCUGCGGGCAAUCCGCGUCUACAUGGGUGAUAGCGACGUCUACGCUGUGCACCACGUCGUCUGGAGUGUGGAGGAUGGAAGCCCCGCCCAGGAGGCUGGCCUGCGGGCCGGGGACCUCAUCACCCACAUCAACGGGGAGUCGGUGCUGGGGCUGGUGCACAUGGACGUCGUGGAGCUGCUGCUGAAGAGCGGCAACAAGAUAUCCCUGCGGACCACGGCCCUGGAGAAUACCUCCAUCAAGGUGGGCCCCGCCCGGAAGAAUGUGGCCAAGGGCCGCAUGGCACGCAGGAGCAAGCGGAGCCGUCGGCGGGAGACCCAGGACCGGCGGAAGUCGCUCUUCAAGAAGAUCUCCAAGCAGACCUCCGUGCUUCACACCAGCCGCAGCUUCUCCUCCGGACUCCACCACUCACUGUCAUCCAGCGAGAGCCUCCCUGGCUCGCCCACCCACAGCCUCUCCCCCAGCCCCACCACUCCCUGCCGAAGCCCAGCCCCUGAUGUCCCAGCAGGUGGGUACACCCCCCCACCCGCCCCCUGCCGCCCCGGCUACCCUGGGGGCAAGGGCUGGUCAGCUGACAAGCUGGGCACAGGGGAGCGGCUGGAUGGGGAGGCAGGGCGGCGCAGUCGUGGGCCAGAAGCCGAGCUCGUGGUCAUGCGGCGACUGCACCUGUCCGAGCGCCGAGACUCCUUCAAGAAGCAGGAGGCCGUGCAGGAGGUUAGCUUUGAUGAGCCGCAGGAGGAGGCCACUGGGCUGCCCUCCUCAGUGCCACAGAUUGCCGUGGAGGGCGAGGAAGCCGUGCCAGUAGCUCUCGGGCCCGCCGGGAGAGACUGAUCCCCCUGCCAGGUCUCUCCCUGGCCUCAAAGUCACACGUUUCCUUGUGCAAUGUUUUUUCUGUAAAGUCACGCCUGGAUGGGGACUGAGCCACCAGCCUGACACCCAGAAGGCAAGAAGCCAUCUUGGUCCUUGCUGGGAGGUGGAGACAUCACUUCCCUUGUGUUCUGGUGUCAAUCAGGGGGCUGGAUGGGGCAGGAAUGGGGGAUAAGGGUAGCUUUGUAAAUAGCAGCAAAUCCCUGCAACUAAUUUAUUACUUUUUUUUUUUUUUUUUUGAGACGGAGUCUCACUCUGUUGCCUGGGCUGGAGUGCAGUGGCGUGAUCUCAGCGCACUGCAACUUCCGCCUCCCGGGUUCAAGCGAUUCUCCUGCCUCAGCCUCCCAAAUAGCUGGGAUUACAGGCGCCCGCCACUAUGCCCAGCUAAUUUUUUGUAUUUGUAGUACAGACGGGGUUUCACCAUGUUGGUCAGGCUGGUCUCGAACUCCUGACCUCAUGAUUUGCCCACCUCGGCCUCCCAAAGUGCUGGGAUUACAGGAGUGAACCACUGGGCCCAGCCUAAUUUAUUACUUUUUAUAAGCGAUAGCCAGACUGAGCCGCCCCCUGCAGGCGGCCGCCAGGUCUUGCCCCAGGCACCUGGGACCCUGUUUGCAGGCCCUGCCCUCUGGGCUGAGAAGGAAGCACUUUGGACAAGUCAUCUGUGUUUGUGUUUUCUAGUUUUUCUGUACUUUUUAAGUGUUUUAUGUUACCUGGUCUCAUUCCCUUCUCCACGCCCACCCAUUGGAGGGGAUUGAGUUGAAGUCACCUGUACUAGCCCAGUUUGGAUACAACCUGGAGUGUCCGUAAACGAUUCCCCUCACCCACAAAACAAUGUAAUCCCAACGAUGGACUGGAUUCUGAAGGCCACUUCCCACCGUCAUAGCUGCCAUCCCCAGGCAGUGCCUACUCUAUAUAUAGAGUCUGCCUCCAAUCCCCCUGGCUUCAGCCUGGAGAAGGGAUGUGGGAGCUGGGGCUUUGAUGGAUGAAUAGGUGUUCACCAGAUCUGGGCAGAGGGGUCAUCUGCUCCCAAGGUGGGCACUGAUAAAGGAAGGCAUAGGCCUCACCUGGCACUGCCAAGGCAGCCUCCGGAAAUGCUCAGCUGUCUCGGGGCACACUCCAGUAUGCCAGUCCUGCGGGAUUAUGUUCAGCUACUUCUGGAAACAGUCGGUGUCCCCUCCCCUCAGGCUCUGCCUCGGCCUCACUUUGUCCAGUCUACCCUGGACAAGAUGCCGUGUGUUUGAGGCCCAGCAGAGUGAGCCCUUGGCAGUGAUGUAUCUGAAACACCUGUUAGGGGUUCCCUCCAUAUGUCAGAGCCUCUCUGGGAUGAAGUUCAAGCAAGAAAACCCAGUUGAGGCUCGAGUUUGAAUUUCAGCUUCACUGUGUGGCUCUGGGAAAAUGGCUUUCCCACUCUGUGCCUCAGUUUCCUUGUGUUUACAAGACUAAUCCCAUUGACUGUUUAUUAAGCACCUACUGUGUGCCAAGCGCUUUUACGUGGCUUCUCCCUCAGCCAGCCUUGAGAAGGCUGGAGGUGGCAUCAUCACCUCCGUUUUACAGACAAAGCAGCUGAGACCCCAGCAAGGGGCGGAAACCUGUCCAAUGAUCACCCAGCAGGAGUCGUGGCAGAAUGGAGCAUCAGCCAGACCCUGUUGUGGGCGUUGUCAUCAAGGGAGCUUGAAUGGAGGUUCUGGUGUCAGAUACAGCCGACUCCAGCCCCAGCUCAUCCCCCAUGAUGCUGUGUGACCCACUGGGCACUCUGGUGAGGGAGCUUUCCAGACAUCAACAGCCCACUCUGCGUCCCUUUCUGAGUCCCCUGCCCAGCACUGCCUAGUGUUGGAGGGUAGACCAAGGCUGUGCAUGACUCACCCCCUCCUUCCAUCCUGGAGCUGGCAGUGAAUAAAAGCCCGUAUUUACAAAGAUGA